AUGGGCAACUUGAGGUUUUACCUUAAACUUAUAGUUUCAACAUUUCUUCUUUUCGUUCUCUUGCCGGAAGCUGUUCAUGGCAGCAAAAAGUGCUACAUUGUAUACUUGGGAGCACAUACUCAUGGUCCAAGCCCCACUUCAGCAGACUUUGAAGCUGCCACAUAUUCUCAUUACGAUUUGCUAUCUUCAGUUCUCGAAAGCCAUGAGAAAGCCAAAGAAGCCAUGGUAUACUCGUAUAAUAAGCACAUCAAUGGCUUUGCAGCGAUGCUUGAGAAGGAAGAAGCAGCACAUAUUGCAAAAAACCCGAGUGUGGUGUCUGUGUUCUUGAGCAAAGAGCACAAAUUGCAUACGACCCGGUCGUGGGAAUUUCUCGGACUAAACAGAAAUGGAGGGAACUCAGCAUGGCAAAAGGGAAGAUUCGGUGAAAAUACAAUCAUUGCUAACAUUGACACAGGAGUUUGGCCGGAAUCGAGGAGUUUCAGUGACAAGGGAUAUGGCCCCGUUCCACCAAAAUGGCGUGGAGAAAAUGUGUGUGAGAUAAACAAAGUUGCCGGUUUCCGAAAAAAUGUUUGCAACAGGAAGCUAAUUGGAGCAAGAUUCUUUGCCGAUGGUUUUGAGGCUUAUAACGGGAAGCUUAACUCAAAGCUACGUACAGCACGUGACUUUGUAGGCCACGGUACCCACACACUAGCAAUUGCAGGUGGGAAUUUUGUUUCAGGGGCACAUGUAUUUGCGGUUGGGAAUGGAACUGCAAAGGGUGGAUCUCCAAGAGCCAGAGUUGCAGUAUACAAAGUGUGUUGGUCUCUAACUGAUUCGGCCGAUUGCUAUGGUGCGGACAUUUUGGCGGCAAUAGACCAAGCCAUAAGUGAUGGUGUUGAUAUCAUCUCCCUCUCUCUUGCUGGCGGCCAGCAUGUAGUCCACCCUGACGAUAUAUUCUCCGAUGUGGUAUCCAUAGGGGCCUUCCAUGCCACCGCUACCAACAUACUAUUAGUUGCCUCAGCAGGAAAUGAUGGACCCGCACAUGGAACUGUUGUCAAUGUGGCUCCAUGGGUCUUUACAGUUGCUGCUAGCACCAUUGAUAGGGACUUUAGCAGUACCGUUACUUUCUCUGACAACCGACAAGUCACGGGAGGCAGUCUUUUCAUAGACUUGCCGCCAAACCAGGCCUUCCGUCUGUUACUCUCUACUGAUGGUAGACUCGCCAAUGCGUCCGUUACAGAUGCCCAAUUUUGUAGAAGAGGAACACUUGAUCCAGCAAAAGUGAGGGGCAAAAUAGUAGAAUGCUAUAGAGAAAAUAGCAUAAAAUCAGUGUCUGAGGGUGAGGAAGCUCUAAGAGCUGGUGCAAAGGGAAUCAUCGUGCGCAACCAAAAGAAACAGGGGAAUACAGUUCUUGCUGAGCCCCAGGUUUUCUCAGGUGUGAACACCGAAAGUGGAGAAGAAGGUGGAUCUCCAGAUGCAAGACAUGUCAUAACUGCCACGGGUCCCGUAACGCCUACUACCAGCACAAUAAGACUGUCUCCGGCUAAAACAGUCUUUGGAAGAAAGCCAGCUCCAGUUAUGGCUGCGUUCUCCUCAAGAGGGCCCAAUGAAAUUCAGCCAUCCAUACUUAAGCCUGAUGUGACUGCACCUGGAGUGAGCAUACUGGCUGCCUAUUCUCUAUUUGCAAGUGUAUCUAACUUAUUGACAGACAAUCGUCGGGGAUUUCCAUUCAAUGUAAUGCAAGGAACUUCUAUGUCUUGCCCCCAUGUUGCUGGUAUUGCUGGACUUCUCAAAACUCGUCAUCCAAAUUGGAGUCCUGCAGCUAUUAAAUCAGCAAUUAUGACUACUGCAACCACACGGGACAACACUGACAAGCCGAUUCGAGAUGCAUUUGAUGAGAAGCUAGCAACACCCUUUGCUUAUGGUUCUGGACAUGUUCAACCCAAUCUUGCAAUAGAGCCAGGACUUGUUUACGAUCUACACCUCAAUGAUUAUCUGAACUUCUUAUGUGCAUCUGGAUACGAUCAACAACUCAUUUCAGCACUAAAUUUCGACAGAACAUUCACUUGUAAAGGAACUCACAGCAUAAAUGAUUUGAACUACCCUUCAAUCACGUUGCCAAAUUUAAGGUUGAGUCCAAUAACAGUUACUCGUACACUCACCAACGUAGGUCCCCCGGGCACAUAUAAUGCAACUGCCAAACUGGAUGGAUGCAAAAUUACUGUUGUGCCCAAUUCCCUCACUUUCACUAAAUUAAAUGAACAGAAGACAUUCCAAGUUACUCUACAGGCAUCGAGUGUAAUUCAUCAAAAUAAUUAUCAGUUCGGAGAAUUGAUGUGGACAGAUGGAAAACACACAGUUAGGAGUCCUAUUGUAGUCCAACGCCGCAACUGAAGUUAAAUAUAUAUCUUCUUUUCAAGUAGCUAGCUAGCUAGCAUGUGUAAAAUAUUCGAAACAACGUCGUUGCGGUUUCAUGCUAUUUACCAUGGUGUUGUGUGCUAUGUAAUAAUU